AUGAAUGACCCGCUUGACUCGCUUUUUAAAUGUUGCCUUUUAGUGUCGCUAUGCUCUUCCUUCGUCAACGGCCUACUUGCCCUUUUCGUGCACCUGCCUUCCACCUCUUUCCAAUCGACUCUCGCCCUUUUUAAAACCAUCCUUAGCACCUCAUUCCCCACCUUCCUUUCCAUUCUUCACCUCUUCGCCCGCAUCAUUUGUUUAUUGCACCCUCCUCGUUCCUUAACACUCUCUCUCUCCCCUCUCGCGUGCUUGUCCAUUUCACAGCAGCCAAGAAGGGGCAACAGAGCCACCCCUCUCACGCACGAUGAGAGGGCUGCUGCUCGCCCCCCCUGGACGCCCUACCCUGUCCGCUUCCUCCUCUCCACCUCCCUUCAUGGCAGUGCUGUCAGACAGCGCCACAGGCACCACCAUCCUGCUGGCGCUGCCCCUCUCUGCACCGCCCCGAGGCGGCGGGUGGCAGUGGUGGAUGACAACGCGGUGAACCGCAUGGUGGCGCGGCGAACACUGCAGGGCUAUGGGGCUGACAUGCUGCUGCUGGCCUCAGGAGAGGACACCCUGCAAGUUGUUUCCUCCUCCAACAUGGACCCCUCUCCCUCCACGCCCCUCCAACUGCUGCUUCUGGAUCUCCACAUGCCUCCUGGCAUUGAUGGAUUCGAAACGGCUCGGCGCAUCCGGCAAAUGGAGAGCGAGCAGCAGCUUUCUAUCGUGGCAGAAACAACAGCAGCAAACGAAGCAGACGCAGCGGGAGCUGGCCAGGCAGGAACAGCAGCAGCCGAUGAGGCAGGAACAGACGAAGCAGACACAGCAAGUAAAGCAGAAGGAGCUAAUGAAGCAAGAGCCGAUGACGAGGCAGCGAGCGAGUUCAGUUUUCAGACGCCGCAAGAGUUGACGACAGCAGCCGACGGUUCAGACAACGAAUUUUCUUUUCAGACGCCUCAAGAGUCAACAGCACUGGGAGAGGCAGUGAAAGAAGAAGCAGCGGGUUUGAGAAGGGCCUGUCCUCAGCGGCUGUGCAUCAUAGCCCUGACGGCAGAUCUGGAUGUUGGGGUGAAGCGAGCGUGCUUUGAGGCGGGGAUGGAUGGAGCCGUGCGCAAAACGAUCGUGGCGCAUGAGCUGCUUGCAGUCCUCGUGGAUGCGGGUUUUGCAGAUAUUGAGAUGGACGAUGCACUGGUCUUAUAG